AUGCUGGGUAUGUUCUACUCAGAUAUUUCCAGAACAUUUGGCUACAUGAACGUGGCUGACAUUAAGAAACUGAAGUCAGUAGGCAUCUGUACCAUCAAAGGGAUACAAAUGACAACAAGAAGAGCCCUAUGCAAUGUCAAAGGGCUCUCAGAAGCAAAAGUGGACAAGAUUAAAGAGGCAGCCAACAAGCUUAUUGAACCAGGAUUCUUGACUGCAUUUGAGUAUAGUGAGAAGAGGAAGAUGGUUUUUCACAUCACCACUGGGAGCCAAGAAUUUGAUAAGUUGCUAGGAGGUGGAAUUGAAAGCAUGGCAAUCACAGAAGCUUUUGGAGAAUUUCGAACUGGAAAAACCCAACUCUCUCAUACCCUCUGUGUGACAGCUCAACUUCCAGGAGCAGGUGGCUACUCAGGAGGAAAGAUUAUCUUCAUUGAUACAGAAAAUACUUUCCGUCCGGAUCGCCUUCGGGACAUUGCUGAUCGCUUCAAUGUAGACCAUGAUGCAGUCCUGGACAAUGUACUUUAUGCACGUGCAUAUACUAGUGAACAUCAGAUGGAGCUACUUGAUUAUGUAGCAGCAAAGUUCCAUGAAGAAGCUGGCAUCUUCAAGCUAUUGAUCAUUGAUUCAAUAAUGGCACUUUUCCGAGUGGAUUUCAGUGGUCGUGGGGAAUUGGCUGAACGGCAGCAAAAAUUGGCCCAGAUGUUGUCACGGCUCCAAAAAAUCUCAGAAGAAUAUAAUGUGGCUGUGUUUAUGACCAAUCAAAUGACUGCUGACCCAGGAGCAACUAUGACGUUUCAGGCAGACCCUAAAAAACCUGUCGGGGGACACAUUCUGGCUCAUGCUUCAACAACAAGAAUAAGUUUACGAAAGGGAAGAGGAGAACUGAGAAUUGCCAAGAUUUAUGACAGCCCUGAGAUGCCUGAAAAUGAAGCCACCUUCGCAAUAACUGCUGGAGGAAUUGGGGAUGCCAAGGAGUAGGUGGCAAAUUGAUGCAAAUUGGUUCUUAGUGCUUAUUAGCAGCUCAAGAAAUGGAAACGCAGUCUCAAAUUUCAGAUCCUGAAGUAAGAGUUUGGUUUUUUUUUUCACGUUAUUAAAGGAAAGUCAGCA